AGUACGAACGGAGCCAGGGUCAUAACCAUGGCGGUGACCAAGGAGCUCUUACAGAUGGACCUGUACGCGCUGCUAGGGAUCGAGGAGAAGGCGGCGGACAAAGAGGUGAAGAAGGCAUACAGACAGAAGGCCCUCUCCUGCCACCCAGACAAAAAUCCGGAUAAUCCCAGAGCAGCUGAACUCUUUCACCAGCUUUCUCAGGCCUUAGAGGUGCUGACUGAUGCUGCAGCCAGGGCUGCAUAUGACAAGGUCAGGAAAGCCAAGAGGCAGGCAGCAGAGAGGACCCAGAAACUUACAGAGAGAAGGAAGAAGGUGAAGCUUGACCUGGAGGCCCGGGAGCGGGAGGCGCAGGCCCACGGGAAUGAGGAGGAGGAGGAGACAAGGAGCACCAGGACACUGGAGCAAGAGAUCGAACGCCUGCGAGAGGAAGGUUCCCGGCAGCUGGAGGAACAGCAGAGGCUGAUCCAGGAGCAGAUACGCCAGGAGCGGGAACAGAGAUUGCGAGGAAAGGCAGAGAAUACUGAAGGCAAAGCAACCCCCAAACUAAAGCUAAAAUGGAAGUGCAGGAAGGAGGACGAGUCAAAAGGUGGCUACUCCAGAGAUGUCCUCCUGCGGCUUCUUCAGAAGUAUGGUGAGGUUCUCAACCUGGUGCUUUCCAAGAAGAAGGCAGGCUCUGCAGUGGUGGAGUUCGCGACCGUUAAGGCUGCGGAGCUGGCUGUCCAGAAUGAGGUGGGCCUGGUCGAUAACCCUCUGAAGAUCUCCUGGUUGGAAGGACAGCCCCAGGGCACGGUGGACCCCAGCCACCCAGGACUGUCACAGGGCUCAGUGCUGUCCGAGAGGGACUAUGAGAGCCUCGUCAUGAUGCGCAUGCGCCAGGCAGCCGAACGGCAGCAGCUGAUCGCCCGGAUGGAGCAAGAGGACAAGGAGGGGCCACCCACGUAGCCCCGGGCUCCAGCCCCUCCCACCGUGCAUCUCUUUUCUUAAACAUCACCAAUAAACUUUGUUUUUU